AUGAACAUGAUGAGCUCAUUCCAACAAGGACAAUCAAUGGACACAGAAUGUGUGUCGACUACAGGAAAGCUGAACUCCUCCACGCGCAAGGACCACUACCCCUUGCCAUUCAUAGACCAGAUGCUUGAGCGCCUUGCCAAUCAUCAAUACUACUGUUUCUUGGAUGGAUACUCAGGAUUUUUCCAAAUUCCAAUCCACCCAGAUGAUCAGGAGAAGACUACAUUCACUUGUCCCUAUGGCACAUAUGCUUAUAGGAGAAUGCCUUUUGGAUUGUGCAAUGCUCCAGCUACAUUCCAAAGGUGUAUGAUGUCCAUAUUCACAGAUCUAAUAGAAGAGAUUAUGGAGGUUUUCAUGGAUGAUUUCUCAGUAUAUGGUUCUUCCUUUGAAUCAUGUUUGGGAAAUCUUGGAAGAGUGCUACAGAGAUGUGAAGACAAGCACCUAGUUCUAAAUUGGGAGAAGUGCCACUUUAUGGUUAGAGAUGGAAUAGUGCUUGGACAUAGAUCUCAAAGAGGCAUAGAAGUUGACAAGGCCAAGAUUGAAGUAAUGACAAACCUUCAGCCGCCCAAGACAGUUAAAGAUAUCAGAAGCUUCCUAGGACAUGCUGGUUCUACAGGAGAGGAGUGUCACAAGGCUUUCACUAAGAUCAAAGAGGCAUUGGUCAGUGCGCCAGUGGUUCAACCUCCAAACUGGGAACUACCUUUUGAGAUAAUGUGUGAUGCAAGUGAUUAUGCAGUAGGAGCAGUGCUUGGACAAAGAAAAGACAAGAAGCUACAUGUGAUCUAUUAUGCCAGCAGAACACUUGAUGAGGCACAAUGCAAGUAUGCCACAACAGAAAAGGAGCUUCUUGCUAUUGUCUUUGCAUUUGAGAAAUUUCGAUCAUACUUGGUGGGAUCAAAAGUUAUAGUUCAUUCUGAUCAUGCAGCAUUAAGGUAUCUCUUAUCCAAGAAAGAUGCCAAGCCAAGAUUGCUGAGAUGGAUACUACUAUUGCAAGAAUUUGAUCUUGAGAUCAAGGAUAGAAGAGGAGCAGAUAAUGGAGUAGCUGAUCACCUUUCAAGGAUGAGAGUUGAAGAAAAUCUACCUCUUGAUGAUAGGCUACCUGAAGAACAGUUUAUGCAGCUGAAGCUAGCAAUAAGCAUGGACAACUAA